UAGAUAAGUAGUAACAAAUGCGGAAUAUUCUAAAUUGAUCAUAGAUGAUUUCAAUUGCGUGAUGCGGAUUUGACUUUAGUGAUAAAGAGGUCGUUAGCUGGUCGGAUUGACAGCAUUUGUCAGUUUCGUUCUAAUUUCAUUGCACAAACAAGUUUACCCAUUUAUUCGAAGAUUAACGGCAUCGAAAGCACAGGUUAAAAUAAAUCAACCAUCUGAGCAGCACUUCAAUAAGAUAAAUAGCAGAACAGACAUGGAUACAAACUCAACGGCUCAGAAACCAAAAGGUAAAGUAGCGGUUCACAGAGUGAGAUCGUGUCCACAACCUUUCGAUUUGAUGUUCCAAAUCGCUUGCAAUAAGGACUCUUUAGAUUCGGAGUUUACAGAGGGAAAGAAAGUCAUUGACUUCCUGCGUCGAACUGGAAAAGUCGUCGAAUUGGACGCUGUUACUGCAUCUGGGAUGACCGCGCUUACACAGUGUGUUCUUGAUGGUAAUUUCAGGAGUGUAAAAGCUUUGAUAGAACUAGGAGCGGAUGUGAACAAAAGAGACGGACAGGGAUGGACUCCUUUACACUACGCAGCCAGUGAAGGGUACCUUGACAUUGUCAAGUAUUUGUUACGUUGCGAAGCUGAUGUGCGCGCCUUGGACGGCAAUAAACAAAUGCCUGUUGAUGUCGCAGAAGCCGAAGACGUGCGCAAAUUUUUGUCGAGAGUCACUUUAUUCUAUUCGCCCAUGAGUAGAACUCUGACAAGAAAGGCUAGUCUACCAGCUUGGUUAUAAUUCACUGUACGCUUUUGUUUCUGUCAUUCUUUUAAAAUAAAGAGAAAAAAAGGAAAAGGAACGCUGGCAAUUAGAGUUGCGAAUAUCAACCGUUAUAAAUUGGAUCACCUGUUUCCUGAUCAGGGUCCUUAAGCUACUUGGCAAUGUCGUAUGACGCACUUCCGCGAAGAUGUUAUCAUUGUAAUAGGAGGUAUUGUGGGAAUGAGCGGUUUGCUGCAGAAAACGGAGUCUGUUUCUAGGGCACAUAAUUCACCUAGCCUGUAAAUACGAAUAGCCACAGAAAACUAUUUCUGCGAAGAUGAAGAGUUGUCGCUUGUGGCUAGUUUAUUUUCUGUAAUAAGGUAGCUGGUCGAAUA